AUGGAAGGAAACAAUUUCUAUUUUCAACAAAAUUUUUAUUUUCAAAUGAUUUCCAUUGUAAAAUGUCACUAGCAAAUGUACUUUGUUUCCUUUAUUAAGGAGUGCCGCCCAAUCAUUGGGAUGCGAAGGGAAAAUGUCAGACACUAACAUAACCUCCCUGGUAGAAAAGCUACAGAACUUGGAGUUGUCCCUCACAAGUCAACAUGGACAAGAACUCGGGUAUGGACAAGCUCUGAGAGAAGCCAUUCUUAAAAAGGAUGACUUUAUGGAAGUAGAAGUCCUGAAAAGUCUUGGAGACCUGCGUCUUGAGAAAGCCAAGCUCAGUAAAGAUUCAGCAGAGUUUGACAAGGCUGCUGCCCUGUAUUCUGCUGCCUUACGGCGCUGCAAAGAUCCAGACGUGGGAGAAACAGUGGAACAUCGUAUCCGCUACAUGAAGAAACUCUCCAGACAGCUGCUGCAGGGGUACAGUCCACACUUCCGGUGGCUGUCACCAGACUACUGGGGCCCUGCUGACAGUAAUGCCUUAAGGGUGGCAGGGAUUUGUGACAAACUGGACAGAAGUGUCAGAAAUUCCUUUGAACAGACUUACACAGAAGCAUUAGUGACUGCAAUUGGGAACAGUGACAUGUUCUUGGAGCUUGAGGUUCUAAAAUCCCUCGGAGAUUUCUACCUCGAGAAAGGCAAGACAACCUCUGAUGUAUCCCAGUUCUCCAAGGCAGCUGCCAUGUACAACAAGGCCCUGACAACAUGUGGAGAUCCUGAGACAAAAGUGACUCUGGAACAUCGUAUUCAAUACAUGGAGAAGAUCAGGGAAGCAGUGAAAAAGAAACCAUCAUCAAAUAAACCAAGAGAAAGGGAACAACACAUGUGGCACCAUUCUGGGAACACUACUGUAACUGAGGACUAUCAAGGCAGAACAGAGAGAGAAUACAACAACCACCUUAAGAAAGGAGACUCCUCCCUUGCCAGAACAGACCUGGACUCAGCAGAGCAGCACUUUGCAGCUGCACUCAAGACAGUACAUGUGAGAGACCCCACAGCCCAGCAGUACCAGAGAGAGGUGGAGCCCCUGUGCAAGUUGGGGGAUGUCUACAGUAAGCAAGGUCAGCAGACAGGAGACGGGGGAGACUUUGUCAAAGCAGCAGCACUCUACAAUGCAGCAAUAGCCAGGUCAGAGGAUCAAGUCCUCAAUGGUAACUUAGCAACAGCUUUUAGAGAAGUAGAGAAGUUGUUUCUGAAAUGUAUCUUAGUUGUUGAUUGUGUAGCUCAAGAUAACACAGAAACACACAAGAAACAGCUGAAGGAGAUGCGGGACCAGAUCAAGCUGGAGAUGAAAGCCAUUGACCAGCAGCUGGAUCCCUAUGUACAUGAUGAGGACGACCCAUGUGUCAGAGAGAUAGAGGCAAAACGAGCUCAGGCUGUCAGGCAGCUGUUUGAGAAAAUUGCACAACAAAGGAAGGAGUUCAUCAGCCUGCUUGUAGAAGAGUGUAUUGGGUUAAUGGGUCCCCCUCCCUGUAAGUAUGCCCUGAUGGGUUUGGGUUCACAGGCCACAGGACUGGUAACUCCAUACUCAGACCUGGAGUUUGCCAUCUUGGUAGAAGAGGAAAGUGAAGAAUGUCUUGUGUAUUUCCGUAACCUCACCCACUACCUACACCUCAAGGUGGUCAACCUGGGAGAAACCAUUCUCCCAGCACUGGGAAUAAAAUCUCUCAAUGACUUCUACUCUAAAAAUCCACUUGACAACUGGUACUAUGACUCUGUUACACCACGUGGGUUUGCAUUUGAUGGUUCCAUGCCAAAGGCAAGCAAGACUCCACUGGGCAGGCACGGAACUAAGAAUGAACCACCCAGUGAACUCAUCUGCACCCCACAAAACAUGGUUUCCAAGCUACAAAAGGAUGUCACAGUAUACCUAAAGAAAGGAUAUCACCUUUCCACUAUCUUGAGAAACCCAUGCCUGAUAACAGGGGACCAGGAUUUGAUUGACAAAUACAUGACCAACACAGUGGAGAUACUGCAAGCUGAUGGGGGUAAAAUGGCUCAACAACUGGCACAAGAGAUAAGGACAGAAAAUACAGAAAGGAUCAGCAAUGAGGAAACAAUUACAGCAAGGCUGAUUGAUGUAAAGAAAGAAAUCUAUCGCUUCCCAGCUGUAGCAGUGGACUGCUUGGCACUGUCUUCAGGCAUCAUACCUACCAGAGUUUGGGACACAAUAGAAGAAAUGGAAAACCAACAAGUGAUCAGUCCCAACAAUGCACACCACCUGACAGUGGUUACCAGCAUCUCAGCAGAACUCAGGCUCAGAACGUACAUCGCAAAUGGUGGACAGAAGGAAAACCUGUCAGCUUUGGCCUCAAUGGAAACAGGACAGCAUGGACAGGAAUCAUUCCUACAAACCAGCAAUGACAUGCACACAGGUGCAGUGAUACCAGUUUUCCACCUACCAAAUGACCAACAGCUUUUCAGGUACUAUCAUACAGCAGUUCCUCUGAAAAGUGUUCUGCAGGAAUGGUCUGAAAAGGAGCCUGUUCUUGAUUCAUUCCCUGGCCAAGAUUUAUACGACAAUUCCCCAGGGGUACAAGGAAUGAUGUACUAUGAGUUAUGCAAAUUUGAGAAGGCUAUCAGCUGCUAUCAUGAGGCCCUGACGAAAGUGGUCGGGAAUGACAGUGACAAAUGGAAGCUGUUAAGUAACAUUGGAAAUGCUUAUCACAGGGUAGGAGAUUACAGUAAUGAAAUCAGUUACCAUGAACAGGCACUGCAGAUAUGCAGGAGUAUCUAUGGUCAGAAUAAAGCACAUCCUGACACUGCCACCUCACUCAACAACCUGAGUGGACUCUGGCACCACUUGGGUGAUUACAGGAAAGCAAUCAGGUACAAUGAACAGGCACUGCAAAUGCGCAGGAGUAUCUAUGGUCAGAGUACAGAACAUCCUGACAUUGCCAUGUCACUCAACAACCUGGGGUCAGCCUGGGGGCAUCUAGGUGAUUACAGCAAGGCAAUCAGCUACCAUGAACAGGCACUGCAGAUGAAAAGGAGUGUCUAUUGUCAGAGUACAGCACAUCAUGACAUUGCCACCUCACUCAUCAGCCUGGGGUCAUGCUGUCACAACCUGGGUGAUCACAGGUCAGCAAUCAGCUACCAUGAACAGGCACUAAAGAUGUACAGAAGUAUCUAUGGUCAGGGUACAGCACAUCCUCUCAUUGCCACCUCACUCAACAGAUUGGGGUCAGCCUGGAAUGAACUGUGUGACUACAGGAAAGCAAUCAGCUACCAUGAACAGGCACUGCAGAUCCACAGGGUUAUCUACGGUCUAGGUACAGCACAUCCUGACAUAGCCGACUCACUCAACAACCUGGGAGGAGCCUGGCGUAAAAUGAAUGAUCACAGGAAAGCAGUCAGCUACUAUGAACAGGCACUGCAGAUGCAUAGAAGUAUCUAUGGUCAGGGUACAGCACAUCCUGACAUUGCCACCUCACUCAACAGCCGGGGAAGAAUCUGGCAACAACUGGGUGAUCACAGGGAAGCAAUCAGCUACCAUGAACAGGCACUGCAGAUGCAAAAGAGUAUCUAUGGUCAGGGCACAGAACAUCCUGACAUUGCUGGCUCACUCAUCAACCUGGGGUCAGCCUGGGGUAACCUAGGUGAUUACCCAAAAUCAAUCAGUUACUAUGAACAGGCACUGCAGAUGCAAAGGAGUAUAUAUGGUCAGAGUACACCACAUCCUGACAUUGCCACCUCACUCAACAACCUGGGGUUAGCCUGUGGUGAACUGGGUGAUUACAAGAGAGCAGUCAGUUACCACGAACAGGCACUGCAGAUGUACAGGAUUAUCUAUGGUCAGACUAAAGCACAUCUUUACAUUGCCACCUCACUCAACAACCUAGGGUCAGACUGGUACCAACAAGGUGAUUACAAGAAAGCAAUCAGCUACUAUGAACAGGCCCUGCAAAUGCACAGGAAUAUACAUGGUCAGAGUAAAGCACAUCUUCACAUUGCCUACUCACUCAACAACCUGGGGUCAGCCUGGAAAGAGCUAGGUGAUUAUAGGAAAUCAAUUUACUAUCAUGAACAGGCAUUACAGAUGUGCAGGAGUAUCUAUGGUCAGACUAAAGCACAUCUUGACAUUGCCACCUCAUUCAACAACCUGGGGAGAGCCUGGCACGACCUGGGUGAUUACAGGAAAGCAAUCAGCUACUAUGAACGAGCACUGCAGAUGCUCAAAAGCAUCUAUGGUCAGGGUAUAUCACAUCCUCACAUUGCCACCUCACUCAACAACCUAGGGACAGCUUGGAGUUACCUGGGUGAUUACAGGAAAGCAAUUAGCUACUAUGAACAGGCACUACAGAUGGACAGAAGUAUCUACGGUCAGAGUACAGCACAUCCUCUCAUUGCCUCCACACUCAACAACCUGGGAGAAGCCUGGCGUAAUCUGGGUGAUUACAGAAAAGCUAUGAGCUACUAUGAACAGGCACUACAGAUGCAAAGGAGUAUCUACAGUCCAAGUACAGAACAUCCUGACAUUGUUGCCACACUCAACAACCUGGGGUUAGUCUGUAGUGAACUUGACGAUUUCAGAAAAGCAAUCAACUACCAUGAACAGGCACUGCAGAAACAGGAGUAUCUAUGGUCCGAGUACACCACAUCCUCAAUGUGCUACUAUUCUCAACAACCUGGGAGGAGCCUGGUACCACCUGGGUGAGUACAGGAAAGCUAUUGGCUACCAAGAACAGGCAUUGCAAAUGCGCAGGACUAUCUAUGGUCAGAAUGCAGUACAUCCUAACAUUGCUUUGUCACUCGACAGC